CGCUCUACAUGCGCCGGAGGACUGUAACUCUGUGAUUGUGCCAAAAGCGCGGGAAGCUGCAGUUGUCGUUCGAUCGCCUUCCCUUCGCCGCUGACUGAGAAGGGGCGCCAUGGCUGGCAGGCGAGGGGCGCUGAUCGUGCUGGAGGGCGUAGACCGAGCUGGCAAAAGCACGCAGACCAGAAAGCUGGUGGAGGGCCUGCUGGCAGGGGGACACCGGGCCGAACUCCUUCGGUUUCCCGACAGAACUACAGAAAUCGGACGGCUGAUAAGUUCCUAUUUGGAAAAGAAGAACAAUUUGGAGGACCACACAGUGCAUCUGCUAUUUUCUGCUAAUCGCUGGGAGCAAGUGCCAUUGAUUAAAGAGAAGUUAAACCAAGGUAUCACUCUGGUAGUGGACAGAUACGCGUUUUCUGGAGUGGCCUUCACAGGUGCUAAAGAGAACUUCUCCUUGGAAUGGUGUAAGCAACCUGAUGUUGGGCUUCCAAAGCCAGACUUGAUCCUUUUUCUUCAGUUGAGCCCGUCUGAAGCAGCCAAACGAGGAGACUUUGGAAAUGAACGAUACGAAUACAGCUCUUUUCAGGAGAAAGUUCUGCAACGCUUCUACCAUUUGAUGGAAGAUAAGACUUUAAACUGGAAGGUGAUUGAUGCUUCAAAGAGCAUAGAAGACUUGCAUAAUGAAAUAAAAUCGUUUGCAGAGGAGGUCAUGCGAGAAGCUCAGUACAAACCCAUAGGAGAACUGUGGAACUAGGACUGGAGUAUAUCAUCUCCUCGGGGUCACUUCUCACCUAGCCAAAAUCUGCACCGUUCAUCUUCAAGCCACCCUGUAUUUAUAUUAUCAAAUAGGAUUUGUUAGACUUGCUCCUGAUGCAGCUCUCCUCUUUCUGUUUUGGGUGGCGUUUUAUAAGAGACUGGACUGGCAGCUCUGUCGGGACUUGGACUGGAGUAGAUGCGUGAAAGAAGCAUUAGACAAAGGUCUUUUUGUCCUACCAAGAGAGACUUAAUACUUCAGCACUAUAGUAGCUGUUGUUUUCCAGGGUCAUAAUUUUAAAACAGCUUUUCUUUUCGCAAUGAGGCGGAAGAAGUUUACUAAUAAAUGUCAGAUUUUCACCUAAUGUUGUCGAGCACAAAGUUAUGUCGAGUGGAGAAUCUUUUUCAGCCCAAAGACCACACUGCCUCUUGGGCAACCUUUUAGAAGGCCACAUGCCAGUGGUACACAGUCUGAGAGGCAAGAAGUGGAUAGACAACAGUACAACUCUUCCCUUUGUAUGGUAAGCUACAUUCCAGCUAUGCAAAGUCAAAGGUUCCUGUACACACAUGCACCUCUCCAGUCACACAAGCAAGAGGCAUUAUCAGAGUUCAAGGAUGUAGUCCAGCCAUACAGAAGCAGUCAAGGAAGAUCCAGUGCUGGGUUGGUAAGUGGUAUGGGCUGAGGCUAGGGGCGGGGCCUGGGCUAGAUCCAAGCGCCAGCUAGGGAAGCCUGGAGGUUCCUUAUCCCUGCAAUAUGUACUUGAUAGGAUGGCUUAAAUAACUUGAAACAUGCCCACCCCAGUGCUGAUUAAGCACCUUUCACUCUAGAACAGAGUAAUUAACCUGUCACCCUCUAUAUGUUGUUGGACUUUAACUCCCAUCAGCCUCUACCACCAUGGCCUGAUCUGAUGGGCCACAACAUAGCCACCCCUGCUCUAGAUCAAGCUGCUUUAGCGUGACUAAAUGUGAUGUUUCACCCUGCCUUCCCAACAGAGAAUAGUGCAUUAACUUCCCAACCUAAAUAUUUGGAGCGACACACAACCCUUUGCCACGGACAGUAUUCUUCGUUUCCUGCAUAAAUGGGGGAAAGUGUCAUAUGAGAGAGUUGAGGUUAUGGUACCUGGUCAAAAUAAGGCUAACUUAAUAUGGAAUCUUAACUCUAGCAUGACACAGGAACCCUCCAGAAGUUGCUAGCCUACAACUCCCAUCAUUCUUGACCAUUGACCACGCUGGCUCGGUUUAAUGGUAAUUGGGAGUCCAACAACAUUUGAACAGCCUUGAAAACUCAACUGGCAGUUCACUGGGUAACUCUGGAUUUCAGUAUUAUGAAAGGAGAAAUGCCUGCACGCUUUUAAAACACUACCACCAAAACCAUUUCUUUGUGAAUUAUAUUAGCCCCAUUUAUGGUGUUUGUUUUUUAGUGGUAUUACGGGGGCUGCUGUCCAAUUAUGUAGUAAAGAUCCUGAUUAGAGCAGUGUUUUUAAUGAAAGUCUACUGUAUUUGAGUUCUCAAAUUCUUGAGAUAUUUCUUAGACUUUUUCCUAUCUAAAGAUUUCAUCUGACUUUUUUUGUGUUCUUCGGAAGCAGUGGUUUGGAUAUGGGUCUCCACCAUAUUCUAAAGCAUAGACUGAUGUAGAGAAUUAACCUAUUUGCAGAUUCACAAUAUUGUUCCCACUAUCACCUUCAAACCUUGUUAUGGUGAUAAAGCCUUUGUUCAGUUUCCUAUUAGUGAUUUAUUUAAAGAAGCAACUUGUUUGCAUAUUUAGAAAUGCAUUCUUCAAAUUUGUCCUUUGCUGUUAACUUAUUUGCCAAUUUUUGCACUUUCCUAUUCUUAAAGAAAGCAGUCUUGCAUUUUAUAUCUAGAAAUCUUUUAUUUACUCAUGUUGGUGUUCUCUUGGAAUUGUGUGUACCUUUUCUAAUAUAAUAAAUCCUUUCAUGGGCUUUGGAACUUAA